AUUGUUUACAAUGGCUGUGUGAGGCAGAAUCUCAUUCUUGUUUACAGAUACAAGAUGCUACAAAGAUUUCGUUUAUUUCGAUCCUUUGACAUGAUAUGGUUUGUUUAAAGGAAAAGUAUGGAGACAACGAAGGGGAAUGCUUUGUGUUUAGAUGAACAUCUUCUGACUGAAAAGAAUGAAUCGGAUAGAAAAAAUAGCAAUAUUGGUGAAAUGACGGAAGACAAGAAGAAUGAGGAUGAUGCCGAUCAUGACAAUAAAACUCAGGAGGUUUGUCCCUCAGAAAUAACUUUGACAGAAGAAUGUAACGAUUCUCGUGAUGACAGCAUUAGUGGUGCAUCUGAAUCUGAAGGAGCUACUGGAUCUGAUGAUGCCAAUACCAAACAUAAUAUUGUUGAUGAAGAUCAGUUAACAUUUUUUUCUAAUAAUGGACCAGUGUUUCCUGCUCGUCAAAACAGAGAUCUGCAGUUGGCAAUGUCACAUUCUGGCAUAGAUAUGAGUAUUUUAACAAAUGCAGAGGAUGCACAUGAUGUCCAGGCAAACAAUACUAUGAAAAAGGCUAUUUUGUCAUACAUAGACAAAGUUGAAAAUCAAACUUCUACUGUUAGGUCACUCAAAAGAUCAUCCUCUGGGCUAUCACCAGGCAAAGAAUCAAAUUUAAAAUUUCUUCCAAGUAGCAGCAAUACUAUAAAUCAUACAAAUAACAAUGAAAUUCUUAAUAAAGUAAUAGCAUCAAGUGUAGAUACAGAAGCAGAGUCAUUGCCACCCUUGAGUGCAUCAUUUUUCAACUGUCAAUUUCAGACACCAAGUUGGAUUGAUGAUCCACUGAUAGGUGUUCCUCCAAGUGCCAUGGAAAACAAAAAUACACAUAGGAAAACUGGGGCUGAUAUGAGGAUUUUGACAGCAUAUAUGCGGUCCUUGAAUGAAAUGAGACUACCAGAAGCUAUACCACCAAAUGAACUUGAUAAAUAUUUGUCAUCAUUUUUCUUAGUGGUAAGAAAAGCUGAUGGUAGUGAAUAUGAACCAUGUAGUUUACGUGCCAUGCUUGCAAGUAUCGAACGAUAUUUAAGAUUUAAGAAUUACCCACUAUCACUAACAAGGGACUCUGCAUUUUCAAACAUGAGAAAUGUACUGAAACUUAAACAACAGACCUUACGUUCUAUCGGGAAAGGACAAAAGACACCUAGUGAAGUAUCACCAUCUUCACUAGCCAGAGAAGGAAAAAUAGCCCAUCUUUUUAAAUCUCAGGAAAUGGGACCAUACACACCGAGUUCUGUGGUAUUCACUUUAUGCUUUUACUUUUGUAUGUACUUAAGGCUCCGCAAAUCAACCGAAAACAAGAAACUACUUUGGGGAGAUAUUGUUUUAUGUAAAGAUGAUAAUGGUAGAGAAUUUCUUACAUUUUCUAGUCAGAUGCUUAGACGAACUCAAAGUUCCUCCAAGUUAAAUUUAAAACCGCGCAUCUUUCGUGUUUGGGCUGACCCUAGCUGCCCAGAGAAAGAUCCUGUUACAAUUUAUAAAUUCUAUGCCCAGAAACGACCAACAUCUAUGAAUACAAACUUUGCCCCGUUCUAUUUGGGAAUCAAUGUCUUAUAUCCAACACAAGGGCAGUUGUGGUACAGGCCUGCAGCAAUGGGUAUCAAUAAACUUAAUGAAAUGGUUCGACAAAUAAGAGAUAUAACUGGAGUUCGCAGCACUUCAGAUUUUCAUGGUGAUCUUUUUAAAGCAGAAAAGCAAACUUCAGAUAUAGACAUGAGCAGCAGAGAUGACCAAAGCCCUUCCAAUGAUUUAACUGACAGGCAGGAUUCUGAGUGUGAUGUGAAAAUGGAGGCUGUUGAAGAUGGAGAGGAAGAUGACGGAAAUUCUAACCUUGCUAUUGACUUUAGCCAAGAACAGCAUGAUCCUCCAAUAGACUGCUCUCACCAAAACGGAAUAGCAACUUCAUCUGCACAACAUAUUGGCAUGGCAGCUUUUAGGGGGGGAGUUCACACCACCACAUACUCAGAUGAGGAGAACAGUAAUGAUAGCUCUUCGCAUCAUUCAUUUUCAACCAAUUUGAAUGGGGAUUCAGGACAUGAUUUGAGAAACGGUCAAAUUCAUGACAGAGAAAUAGACCUAACUAAAGGCAGCAGUCCUGACUUUCCCCUCAAUUGCUCUACUAAAGGAAGGAUGGCUUUUAAUAGUACCGGUACAGAAGGUUUCAAUAAAAUUUUCCAUCCUGGUAAGUCAAAUCUCUACCCUUGCCAGUAUUGGUGUAGAAAAACUUUAACUUAUUUUAAAGCCUAGCAAAGUUUGUUUAUAGUUUAAGCAAAGAAUCGUCCAUGACAAAAAUUUAAACAAAAAAAAUUAAGUACUUUAUUAAAUUAUGUUUGCUCCUAAUCAGUGGAUUACACAUUAAUGGCAGACGCAUUGGCCUUAAAUUGAUUAUUAUAUAUUUCAUGUAUUUUGCUUCAAAAUGACUAUUGUAAAUAAAAAUUGUAGGUAAUUAUUGUAUUAUAUCAAAAUUAGUCAAUAUUAAAAGAGGUACAAAUCUAUUACAAAAACCAAUAGAAGAGCUCAUCUAAUUCUUAAAAAUUGUUCACCUUAUAGCUAGACCCUGAAACUAGCCUCUGAUUGCCUUAAAAAAUUAUGAAUCCACCAGUGACAUCGCUGGAAGUAUUCCAUUGAGCAUAACGUUUAAAUGUCAAUGCAGUAGUUUACAUGCGAAGCAGCUCCCAGGGAGAGGCCCAUGUACAAUUGUUUAUGAAUAGACAUAAUGUUAUAGCAUAUUUGAAAUUAUUUACUACAGGGUAAAAGAGAAUUUGAAGAAAGAAAAAAAAAUAGUUUUAUCCUCCAAAAAUAGGUGCCACCUUAUUAAAAAAAUAGAACUAGAGGAAGCUGCUCCCACCUACCAGCUAUGCUGCUGGUACAUGUAUUGGUAAAUUUACGUAAUCUGGGCCACUCUUUACCUCGGUUGCCAUCUUGGGUGCCAUGACAGCAUGUGUCAUGGCAUCCAAAAUGGCGGCAGCGUAAAAAAAAAAAAAAGUACUGCAAAAAAACGACAGCUAAAAUGGGGAGGGAAAAGAGAGAGAAUGUGAUGUUUUAGCUACUUACCCAGAGAAAAGAAAAUAGGUUUAAAAUAUAUUAAAAAAAUAGAACAAGAGGAAGCUGCUCCCCCCUACCCGCUAUGCUGCUGGUACAUGUAUUGGUAAAUUUACGUAAUCUGGGCCACUCUUUACCUCGGUUGCCAUCUUGGGGGCCAUGACAGCAUGUGUCAUGGCAUCCAAAAUGGCGGCAGCGUAAAAAAAAAAAAAAGUACUGCAAACACACGACAGCUAAAAUGGGGAGGGAAAAGAGAGAGAAUGUGAUGUUUUAGCUACUUACCCAGAGAAAAGAAAAUAGGUUUAAAAUUAUAUGUAAUAAUUUCAGCCGGUUCAUUAAUUUUGUGGCGAAUGUAGCAACUUGAUUGUAUCCCUUAGAUAUGUGGCAAGAAGUGUCAACGACAUGCAUCCGCCCCCUUUCCUGGCCAAAUUUAGCCGUAUACAUUUUGUGGCGAACGUAGCAACUUUAUUGUAUCCCUCUAGAUAUGUGCCAUGAGAUCGCUCCCUUCCCUCAACUAAUAUACAUGUGCUACAGUUACUUAGUGUUGAAAGAAAAGUGUAAAAAUGAAGAAAAACAAUACAUAAUUUUUUUUUAAUAAUGAAAAUUGAAAACCCAACUUACAGAUUGAUAGAAUUCACUUUUACACAUUUUAUUGCAGGUUCCAACAAAAAUAAAAUCCUUAAGUUGUCAGAAAAAUCAAUACAAUACCCAUUUUCCAAAAUGCUAGAAUAAUAAAAUAUUAUAAUUUACCAUCCAAGGAAAUUAUAAUUUUAAAAAUCCCAUCAGCAUAUUAAUAUUUAAAAUAAGAAAAGUUAACUCUUAGUGACAAUCCGAGAUUAAACAAAAGGGAGAAAAUAGUAUUCACAUAACUCAAAGUGGCGCAGAAAGUGUAAAUUGACCCAUGUAUCUCAUCUCUUAUAGCCUAGUGUAUGUGUUUCAGUGACAAUCGGGCAAUAUCUUUUUUUUUUAUUAUAGUAAAUGCUAUUUUUUGUGUCAUUUCUGAAAAUAGAUGCACUUUAAACUCUUUUCACUGAAUAUUUACAAGAAUAUUAGAAAUUUAUUAAGGCAUUUUCAUUACAGAUCGCAAAGAUGUAAAUCAUUGUAUCCGAAAAAGGUGCCAGCUUCAGUGACUCCAUGUUUUCAAUUUUUAUUGACAACUUAAUUUUGAAUGGGUUUUUUUUUUUUUUUUUCAAUUAGGGAACAAAAAUAUUUUGUUAUUGCUUGUUAAAGUAAAUAAAAAAUGUUAUGGUAGUGAAUGACAGUUUUCAGUCAUAAAUGAAAAAACUAUUUAAAUACUUAUCAGAAAAAAUGUCAAAUUUUAUAAGUCAUUUUAGAUUUAAGUGACACACAAUAGUUUAAAAAAAAUUAAAAUUAAAAGCUAUAAAGUAGUUCUUAAUAAAAAAAUUGUUUGCGUAUAACACAUAUUCACUUGCUAAAUGCAUGUUUUAAAUUCAGGUGUUGGAGUUUCUGAAACCCUGAGUGUAAAUGAAGCCAAACAGCAACUUAUUGAUAUGGUGAAAAAAAUGGAGUUUGCAGACAUAUUGGAAUUUGACCAGUGGCUGAAAAGGGUUAAAUUCAGCACCGAUCCACAUACAGGUUGGAUUUUUUUUAAACCUUACUUAUGCGAAUUAUGAAAUGUUUAGCAAUUAUUUUCUUUACAAUUAUUUUGUAACUGUUAUGUAAUAAUAAAAUCUAAAAUGAAAAUAAUUGUUUACAUUUUGGAUUUUUUUUUUUUUGCUGCACUAAUGUUUAUUUUUUUUCUCCAUAAAUUUAUAAAUUAGAAAUUCUAUCUUCCUGUUAUAACACAAUAGACAUGUGUAGUUGAAAUAAAAUAUGUUUUAAAUAGAGGCAAACAAUUUAAAAAAUGUAUUUUAUUCAAAUAUUUUCCUUGCGCACAUAAUUACAGGGUACAAAUUCCUGAUACAUAUAUUAUAUUUUUUAUUAAUUAAUUUUUUUUAAACUUUAAUUUCAGGUGAUGUUGUAUACAAGGAAGGAGAGCUUAUGAAUGUUAAAGCUAUUAGUAGCACAGGUUCUAAUGGUACAAACAUUACCUUGAACAUAUCACUGACACCCCAAGCAAUGCAAGGAGAUGGACCUAUAACUGUCACAGCCCUAACUUCCAUUCCCUCUGAUCAGCAACGAAAUUCUUCCAGCAGCAAACUCAACUCUCAGCAAAAUCGGCAUCUAUCAACAUCAAUAAAAAAUUCAUCCACAUUUCCAAUAGUUGGUUUGCCCCAUGGCUUUGUCACCCCAUCAACUGGUCAGUUGUCUCCAGACAAACCUCUGGACUUAGUUACAAGUCCGGUAAGUAGAAACACUAAAUCAUCUUUAUCGUUUCAAGCUAAAUCAAACCAGUCCCAAGGAAGCAAUGGCGUUUUUCCUUCCAUGACCUCCACCAGUGGAACGUCACACCUAAACCCUUCCCUGGCCAAGAGAUUAAGACUCUCUGCAGAACAAGCUGAGGCAUAUACAAGUGCUUCCAUCAUGGCCAGCCUGAGCUCUGCUAAUUUGAUGAGUGAAAGGCUGCGUCUCCAACUCAUGCAGGCUGGUCUGCGAAUGGGGGACUAUGGUUUAGAUGCUCACACUGCAGGUCUUAUGGACAUGACUAGCACUGAAGCUCUGCGGUCCCAGCUGUUGCAUCACUAUGGAAUAAAAUCUGAACCAAAGUAAAAGACUGAUCUAAUCUUUGGACAUAUGUAAACCAAUAUAUAUAUUUACACACAUAUACAUAUCUCAUAUCUGCUACCUCUAUGUUUAAUCGCAAUGCCUUUAAUUUAUUCAUGAUCUGCACAAGAUGCUUAAAGUUAUUUCUUGUUUUCCCUUGAGAUUGUUAUCAAUAAAUAGUUACUAGAUAUAAUAUGCAUGGUCAAAGGGCAUUUUUUUUAAAAUUUUUUUUGGUAUGCAUCUUUGUGUAAAAUAAAUUUUUUUAAAUGUAUUGCUUACAAUAUUCUAAUUUGCGCUGUUUUUCGAUGUUUGAUAGCGAUUUACCUGCCUUUACAAUUUGUUGAUACAAAUGGUCACAUUUCAUGGAAACAUUUAUCAUCUCACCUGAAAACAACCUCAUAUUGAUCUCUUAAUUUGUGAUACUUAUUGGAUAAUUUUCUCUUUUUUUUUUUUUCUUUCUAAAAUAAUUAUUGUUGAGUGUUUGUCGUGAUGGUAUCAUUAUUACAUAUUAUAUCCUGCUGUCACAAUAAACAAAAUAAGUUAAUUAAAAAAAUAUAAAGGGAUGUCAUCAAUUAUAUGAUUAAAUUAUAUCACUUGCUUUUUCACUUCACACAUGAUGAAAUAAAUUUUAAAAAAUUAAACUAUUAUUGUUAGCACAUACUAAGUCAAUAUUUCAUGACACAUUAUGUUAAUUGUAGUAAAUAAUAUGUGUGUCCUGCUAACCUAAAGAAACGACCUCGACUCUAAAUUUCUUUCAACAUAACAAUUUCACUUUUUGAAAAAAAAUGAAGAAAAAAGAAAAAGUUUAAUAAUUACUAAAAGUAAAAUAUUUUUGUUGUUAUUGCCACCUUUUAUAUAUUUAUUUUUUAACGUCUGAAAUAGUUUCACCUCCAAGUAGGCAUAUUUGUCUUGAUCAAGUUGCAACUGUGCUGCAGAUUUUCCCCAGCUUAUGGCCUGCCAAGAUAUAAUUAUAUUUAAAGUACAAGUUAUGGGAUACAUUGGUAUUCCAUAAAUUAUAUCUAUAGUGCCAUCGAUGAUAUUGUAAAUCAGCUAUAACAAAAAAGGAAAUUCAUAUUUUCACGUUUAGGGAUUGUGUGAAUAGUAGCUGCGUA